AUGGCGGACAGUCUCGACCUCGAGCUCGAAGCUUUGCUAGCCCUGCCGUUGCCCAGACUCGAAAAACUGGACAUAGAUGGCACUUCUCUCAUACCUGCGGUACUUGACGAGGACACUUUCUCCGGCGAGGUACCUCGGGCUCUGACAAACGUAGACGUGUACUCUUGCGCCAUUCUGCCUACCUGCCCUGCGCUUCGAGCACCGCUUACGUCUCUGAAGCUCUACGAUUGCCCUAUUUGGAAUUCCAUGGAGGAAGCGCUACAGACUUUGUCUGAACUCCCCCACCUGGAGGAGUUCCUUUGGAUCGCGAUAGUCUCAAUGGACGACGACAGAAUACCGUUCACACCUGCUCCACUCUCUGCUUACGAAGGGCGAACGCCUCAAAGUGUCCGACUGCCGCGUCUUAGCGACCUCAACCUUCGUGUACGCGUCGAAAUCGCCACGUACUUCUUCCGCUACAUCGUGAUCCCGCCCUCUUGUGGAAUCAUCGUCGAUGCAGACCUUGACAGCAUCACCGCGACGGAUAUGGAUGCCCUGCUUCCGGCGUUGGACGACGCCUUCGGUGAACGUUUCCGCACGCUAUUUCCGGAUAACGAACCCGAUGCCGGAUUCAGAAGACUCGAUGUCGACCCCUUUCAAGAUGGUUCCGUCGAGGGGGUAUCUAUGACAUGGAGCCAGUCAACAACAAGGCAAAUCUCAGCAAAUUUUCGUCUCGGCUUUCUCCCAUCCCACAACGACGACGAGAACGUGGAUCCCGUUUGUCUGGCGAUCGUAUGCCAUAUCCUCGAGAACUGGCCUUCGGCUCAUCGUGCGGUCUCGGAGCUGCGCAAUAUCCACCCCCGGCUCUUCUCAGUCGAUACCGGAUCCACUGAUCCACGACGUCUGGCUUGGGCGAGGAUCCUGGCGGGUCUUCGUCGAUUGGAGAAUGUCGUGCUGUAUGACAGCAUCGAUGGUUUUCCAGAAGCUUUCGUGCUCAAAGCCAGCACCUCGUGCCUUUCCAUUCGCCGCGUCGAUGUCGAAGGUGUAGACUUCACACCCACCACUCUCGCGCGCCUGAUGCGAUCCCUGAAGAUAUACUUCUCAAAACUUGACUUAGACACCCGGUCACAUCCUCCGACCCUCCAUCCUAGCGCAUGCCGCCUGUCUGAUGUGACCUUACCAGACUUCAGUGCAACCAUCGACGCCUGCCUCCCAUCAUUGUCAUGA